UGCCGGGGCCGCUGCUGACAACAAGAUGGCGGCGGCGGCGGGUCCGGCGGGCGCUGAGAGUCGCAUGUUGGGCUACAGCCUGCACCGCUGGAGCAGCUUCUCCUCCACCUACCUGCCCGAGAAUAUCUUGGUGGAUAGACCAAAUGAUCAGUCCUCAAGAUGGUCUUCAGAAAGCAAUUAUCCUCCCCAGUAUUUGAUUUUGAAGCUUGAAAGACCUGCCAUAGUCCAGAGCAUCACAUUUGGCAAAUAUGAGAAAACACAUGUCUGCAAUUUAAAGAAGUUUAAAGUCUUUGGUGGGAUGAAUGAGGAGAAUAUGACAGAUCUCUUAUCCAGUGGCUUAAAGAAUGAUUAUAACAAAGAAACAUUCACCUUGAAGCAUAAAAUUGAUGAACAGAUGUUCCCCUGUCGAUUCAUUAAGAUAGUUCCACUCUUAUCGUGGGGACCUAGCUUCAAUUUUAGUAUCUGGUAUGUUGAGCUAAAUGGCAUUGAUGAUCCAGAUGUGGUCCAGCCGUGCCUCAACUGGUACAGCAAGUACCGUGAACAGGAAGCCAUUCGCCUUUGCCUAAAGCACUUUCGGCAGCACAACUACACCGAGGCUUUCGAGUCGCUGCAGAAGAAAACCAAGAUUGCUCUGGAGCACCCCAUGCUGACAGACCUGCACGACAAACUGGUGUUGAAGGGGGACUUCGAUGCUUGUGAAGAACUGAUAGAAAAAGCUGUGAAUGAUGGCUUGUUCAAUCAGUAUAUCAGUCAGCAAGAGUACAAACCUCGCUGGGGGCAGAUUAUCCCCAAAAGCACCAAAGGUGAUGGGGAAGACAGUCGGCCAGGGAUGAGAGGUGGCCAUCAGAUGGUGAUAGAUGUGCAGACAGAAACUGUUUAUUUGUUUGGUGGCUGGGAUGGAACUCAGGAUCUGGCUGACUUCUGGGCAUACAGUGUGAAGGAAAACCAGUGGACCUGUAUAUCCAGGGAUACUGAGAAAGAGAGCGGUCCCAGUGCCAGGUCCUGUCACAAGAUGUGCAUUGACAUCCAGAGAAGGCAGAUCUACACCCUGGGGAGGUACCUGGAUUCCUCUGUGAGGAACAGCAAGUCCCUGAAGAGCGACUUCUACCGCUACGACAUCGACACCAACACCUGGAUGCUGCUGAGCGAGGACACUGCAGCAGAUGGAGGCCCCAAGCUGGUGUUUGAUCAUCAGAUGUGCAUGGAUUCUGAAAAACACAUGAUCUACACCUUUGGGGGCCGAAUCCUGACCUGCAAUGGCAGUGUGGACGACAGCAGAGCCAGUGAGCCCCAGUUCAGUGGCUUGUUUGCUUUUGACUGCCAGUGCCAGACGUGGAAACUUCUGAGGGAGGAUUCCUGCAACGCCGGACCCGAGGAUAUCCAGUCCCGGAUAGGACACUGCAUGUUGUUCCAUUCUAAAAAUCGCUGCUUGUAUGUGUUUGGUGGCCAGAGAUCAAAGACUUACUUGAAUGAUUUCUUCAGUUACGAUGUGGACAGCGACCACGUGGACAUUAUCUCAGAUGGCACAAAGAAAGAUUCAGGGAUGGUUCCAAUGACAGGUUUCACUCAAAGGGCCACCAUUGAUCCUGAACUGAAUGAAAUCCACGUCUUGUCAGGGCUCAGUAAAGACAAGGAGAAGCGGGAAGAGAACGUGAGGAAUUCCUUCUGGAUUUAUGACAUUGUGAGGAACAGCUGGUCUUGUGUCUAUAAGAAUGACCAAGCAGCAAAAGAGAAUCCAGGUAAAAGCCUUCAGGAAGAGGAGCCCUGCCCAAGGUUUGCCCAUCAGCUGGUGUAUGAUGAGCUGCACAAGGUUCAUUACUUAUUUGGAGGGAAUCCUGGUAAAUCCUGCUCUCCAAAGAUGAGAUUAGAUGAUUUCUGGUCUCUGAAGCUCUGUCGACCUUCAAAGGAAUAUCUGCUAAGACACUGCAAAUACCUCAUCAGAAAGCACAGGUUUGAGGAGAAAGCUCAGACUGACCCUCUCAGUGCACUGAAGUACCUGCAGAAUGAUUUAUAUGUAACUGUGGAUCACUCGGACCCUGAGGAGACAAAGGAGUUUCAGCUUCUUGCCUCAGCAUUAUUUAAGUCUGGCUCGGAUUUCACGACUCUCGGAUUUUCAGACGUUGACCACACGUAUGCCCAGAGAACUCAGCUGUUUGACACUUUAGUCAACUUCUUCCCAGACAACAUGACCCCUCCUAAAGGCAACCUGGUGGACCUCAUCACGCUGUAACGGAGCAAUCACUGGACACGUGGAAGAGGGGAAAAGCAUCCAUUUUCAGUAUUUUAAUUUUUUUACUGCAUUGAUUGACUGCUGGGAUGAAGUUAAUAUAGUAACCCCUAGGUGUUUGAAAGGGGUUUUAUACUUGUAUGGUGAAUCCCUGGAGCUUUUCCCUCGGAGUAGGUUAAUAAAAUGUAACUGACGUACUUCUGACUAAAUAUAUAUAUUUUUUCUGAGUUUGGAUUUUGAGUUAGCAAAUGUAAGAUGAAAAGGUGGGGGGAAAAAAGAAAAAGAAAUAAAACCCAGUCAUGCAGUGAUCUUUUUGCCUAUGGGGGAAAAUUUGAGAUAUGUGAGUUGUCUGGGAUUAAAGAUGAUGGUUUUAUUUUGUGUUUCCUGAGGAAGAGGGGGAAGAGGUUUUUCUUUCCUCAUUUGUAACUAGUCAUGAUGUAUUGCUUUAUCCUACAACUCCGUCCUCAGCAGCUGAAUAACCUGGUGGCAGGACACUGGCAGGUGUUGAGAUGAUGUAAUGGAUGUCCUGAGUCUCGCACUCACGGUGUGUCGCGGGAAGGAAGGCGAGCGUGUGUUCCGAACCGUCUGUGUCCCCUUCCAGAGCUGUGUGACAGUCAUGUCUAAUUGCUUCUGAGACUCCACCUAAACUGAUGACCUACAUCCCUGUCUCCUGUUCUCUGGGGCCUUCCAGUUCAACCUGGCAGGCAAGAGGGAACCUGAGAUACAGCUGGAAAGCAGGAGUGCGGUCACUGCCCACACGGGCCCCUUUUCAGGGAUUGAUCUCUUUGCUGCUGUGCUCAUCCACUGAGAAACCCUGUGGGUCCUCAGCGAGCCUGGCAGAACUGGGUCUUCCACCACACACAUCCCCAACCUCUGCAAACCUGCCCCCAGGUUGGGUGUAGGAUUUCUGAAGCAGAUUGUCUUCAUUUCCAUGUGAAGCGUUUCUGUGUGCGUUCGUCCGUGUGUACAUGUACAGGGCGUUGCUCCCAACAGCUUGUCUCCUUCCCAUGUAAGUGCAACUCCCUUGUUCAAAGCAUUUUAGACCUAGAUCUGAAUGUGAGGGAGGCCUUCUUAGCAUAAAUCUCUGAAAAUGAGCUGAUGCAUAUGUAUAGAAAAUAUAUUCUUCCUUUUGCUGAAAGCCUUCUUUAUAAACACUGUAAGGGCUUGGUGCUGCACUGUGAGGUUGAAUGAAGGACAUGCAUACCCAGCAUUAGAAACUCUGCAUUCAGUGUCUGUGAGCGUUCAGUACACACUGGCAGAUGUAAAUAUUUAUAUGAAACUGCAAAACUUUCUGCCCAGCAGUGUUCAUGCCAGUCAGGUAUCGUCGCUGCACCCGCUGUGGCUCCUGUUGAACUUGGUGGAAGUCCUGUGUGUGCAAUGAUUUGGACUCUUGAAAUAAAGAGUUAGUCAAGUGUCUUUUUCA